ACUCUUGAAUUCCUUAGAAAAAGCAUUGCAUAUCACAUCUAUUUUGUGUUUUGUCUAUGGUAAAACAUGGACGUGGACACAGCAAGUGAUAAUACGUCUAUCGAUGACAAAAUAGAUGAUUUUUGUGAAAAUCCAACGAGAGAUGCUUUGACAGAAGGUCUUAUGAGUCUUCUGAAACCUACAGUGGAUCAAUUAGAUGAAAGAAUUCGUGCCACGAGGAUAUGUCAAAUAGAAUUAAAGCAGAGAAUUGAAUCAUUGACAGAAGAAUUACAACGAAUCAGUGAAGCAUUGCAGUGCCCAUUGGAAACUGAUUCUUAUGUUAAAAAGCUAAUUAAUGCUAAACACAAAAUUACCAUUGUCAGUAACAUUUUACAAAGUACACAAGAGCGAUUAAAUAAAAUUCAUCAAGCAGUGGAGAAGAAUACAGCAAAGAGGAAAGCUUUAUUGGAUCACAGUUCUUCAUAUGGAAAUACCUCUAAUAUUUUAAAUAAAGAAGAACAAGUGGAAAUAGAACAAGAAACUAAUAUUUCUAAAGAACAUGAAUGAAUCAUAAUUAUGAUAAAUAUAAGUUAAUUGUGAUAUGUCUUAUUAGUUUGAUAUUUAAUCUAAAGUUAUUUAAAAAAGAAAAAAAUUAUAUAAAAAUUCUUAUAACAAUCUAUUUUCCAUUAAUAUAUCAUGAAUACACCGAUAGUUAAAUUAUCGGAUAAAGAUUUGGAAUCAGUUUAUGAACCAUCAGAGGAUUCUUUCCUCUUGAUAGAUGCCUUAGAAGCUGAUUUAGAGGUCCUAAAAGUUACAAAACCUGUGAUGUGUUUAGAGAUAGGUAGUGGAUCUGGUAUUGUAAUUACAGCAUUGGCAAUGGCAUUGAAAAUAUACUGCCAAUCCUACUAUCUUGCAAUUGACAUUAAUAUUAAUGCGUGUAAAGUUACAAAAAAGACUGCUGCGCAAAAUUUGGUAGAGAUAGAUACUGUACAAAUGGAUUUAUUAAGUUUCUUACGUAGUGAUUGUGUUUUUGAUAUCAUAGUAUUUAAUCCACCAUAUGUGGUGACCAGUGAUGAUGAAAUUUUGAAUAGGCAGAUAUUAUUUAAGACUUGGGCAGGUGGUAAAAGUGGUAGAAAGGUUAUGGAGCGAGUAUUUCCUAAAAUUCCCGAUAUUCUAUCGGAUACAGGGACAUUUUAUCUAUUGGUUAUUAAAGAAAAUGAUCCUGAAUACAUUUUACGUACAUUUAUGGAUUUAAAUAUGUCAGGUAAAAUAAUAUUAGAAAGAAAAAUAAGGGGAGAACAUUUGUACAUAUUACGUUUUAAAAAAAUAAAGUAAAAUAUCUUCGUCAUAUAUAUGUUUUUGUGUGUAAUUAAUUAAAAAAUUUUAGUAACGAAAA